GAAGACACUUUCGUUAUUUUGUGUCGAGAUGCGUACAAAAAUACGUGCUCUUCGAUUUUUGUCGUGGAGACAAAUUUUUCUUUCUUUUCUUCUUUUGCUUUUUAUUCUGUGUUUAAUUCUUCAAUCAGUUACCUCUGUGGCACCAUGUACAGAACCUGGCAGAUUUCUGAAUAAAAAUCAAACAGAUGGGACAGAGUAUUGGCUCUGCUAUUUAGAUGAGAGUGAUGAAUUGGCUUGGAUAAAUAUGAAAUGUCCAAAUAUGCGAAUUUUUGAUUCUGCUACCAAAACAUGUGUUCAGAAAACAACAACAACCACAACAACUACAACAACAACUACUACUACCACAACAAUUGGAGGGACUACUAAAACUACUACAACAACAACAACUACUACCACUAAAGCGACACCUGGGUUGCAAACUACUACAGCAACUACUACUUCUGCAGGGCCAUGUACAAAGCCUGGCAGGUUUCUAAAUUUGAAUCAAACAGAUGGGAAAUCGUAUUGGUUCUGUUAUUUGGACGACAAUAAUAAUUUGGCUUGGACGAGUAUGAGAUGUCCAGAUGAACGAAUGUUUGAUUCUACUUCCGAAACAUGUGUUUUAAAUAAAAAUACUUCUUUAACUCAAAUUCCUGGAGCGACUUCUACUAUGAUGAGAACUCCUCCCACAACCUUGGCUAGAACAACAGCUACAACACCUGCAAUGACAACAGCUACAACACCAGAGAUGACAACAGCUACAACACCGGCAAUGACAACAGCUACAACACCAGAGAUGACAACAGCUACAACACCUGCAAUGGAAAGUGGAACAACUACUAAGUUGAUAACAGGAACAACAACUCCAACAUUCGAGACCACAACACCAUCCCCAACAACAUCCGAAACAUUGUCUGUUAUUCCUCGACCAUCAGAAGCCACAACACCAACCCCAACAACCCCAUCAGUAUUUUCGAAAUCAAUUCCCGUAUUGCCAGUUCCAGCACCUCCCACAGUAGCCACAACAUAAGUCACAACUGGUUUGUACUUAACUUAGAU